CUGUGGAGAGAUGGAGUCCCAGGCUGUUCAACUUCAAGGCUUAGAGGUUCGAACAGGGACAGCUGAAAAGAAGCUGGCCAACUGCGAGAAGACGGCCGUGAGGUUCGGGAACUAGCUGGAGGGCAAGUGGGCCGUGCUGGGGACCCUGCUGCAGGAGUACAGGCUGCUGCAGCUGCGGCUGGAGAACAUAGAGAACCUGCUGCGCAACAGGAACUUCUGGGUCCUGCGGCUGCCCCUGGGCAGCAAGGAGGAGGACCUCAAGGUACCCGUGACUCCUGAAGAUGUGGCCAAGUGUUUCUCAGAGCAGCAGGGGGUAGCCCAGAGGACUGGCCAAAGGAGCUCUGCAGGCAUUCUUGCAGACCAUGCCACCACCAAGCUAGAGCUCCUGACCCCUGGGGAGAGGGGAGAUGAGGCAGACAGCCACAGCCUGCCUGGCAUGGAGGCUGGGGAGAGCCCUGGCACUGGACUCGGCCUUGCCACUAGGAGCUGCCUGGACAUCCUCUGCGGGCCGGCAGUGCAAGGAGAGGAGGGUGGCAAAAGCUUAGGCCAGACGGAGCUGUGUGUGCGGCAGGACACGGCCCCGGCCACCCUCGCCAGCUACCGCGGCCGAGCGCGCCUGCGUCUGCACGCAGUGCGACAAGUGCUUUGUCCACCGGUCGCCGCGCACCACCCGCCGCCCCGCCCCGCACCACCCAACGGCCGCCGCGCACCGGGGAGAAGCCCGCCGAGUGCGCCCUGCGCCAGAAGCGCUCGGGCCGCCUGUCCACGGUCCACGCUGCGGGGCACCGGCGCACGCACAGGGCGCCACCAGGGUAGCCGUGUCAGCCGGCUCUCUCUGUCUUGUGCGGCUUGUGAGAGGGGCUCCCUGACCAUGAGCUACCCGCCGUCCUCCUUUGAAGGCGCAGUGUCGGGAAGGCCCCCCAGUGACCCCUCUGCUGCACCCAGACCUGAGAGCGCCGGGACCCGAUCGGGACCACAGCGGGUGCCUUGGGGAGAGACAGCUGAGCGGCUGUGA